UUCAUUUCGUCAUCUUCUCACACGCUCAGGAAAAAAAAAAAAAAGAAAAACAGAUAAACAAAAUCACCAGGACAACUCAAUUCCUUCUUUAGAUCCCAAAUUCAAUCCAAUUCUUCUUGAAUUCUCUAAAACCCUAACCCUAGAUUUUAAAUCUAAUGGCAACUGAAGUUCCAGAGCUUCCUGUCGAGCCUGUUCCUGAACCUGAAACCACUGAGCCAGCUGAGGAGGCUCCUCCGGCCACCACCCCUAAGGCAGCUAAGUCAAAGAAAACUAAGGAACCCAAAGCCAAAAAAGCUCCUGCUGCUGCUGCUGCUACUCCUAAGAAACCUCGUCUCCGUAAUCCUUCCUCUCAUCCUCCUUAUGAAGAGAUGAUAAAGGAUGCUAUUGUGACAUUGAAGGAGAAAACAGGUUCAAGUCAGUAUGCAAUUACUAAGUUUGUUGAAGAGAAGCAUAAGCAGUUGCCAGCUAAUGUUAAGAAGCUGUUACUUUAUCAUUUGAAAAAGCUUGUAGCUGCUGGUAAGCUUGUCAAAGUUAAGCAUUCGUUUAAGCUCCCCCCUGCCCGGUCAUCAGCUUCUAAGCCGGCUACUGCUAGUCCAGCUCCAGCUAAGGCUAAAAAGAAAUCAGCUGCUUCUGCUGCAGCUAAGCCUAAGGCUAAGACGAAGGCUACAAAACCCAAAGAAGCUAAGAAGCCAAAGGCUAAGCCAAAGGCCGUAGCUACUAAGCCCGCUGCUAAGGCUAAGCCAGCUGCUAAAGCUAAGCCGGCUGCUAAAACUAAGCCGGCUGUCAAGGCUAAGUCGGCUGCUAAGCCAAAGGCUGCUGCACCUACUAAGGCUAAGCCAGUUGCGAAACCCAAGCUGGCUCCAGCUAGGCCCAAGCCAAAGGAGAGGCCGGCUAAAGCUGCAAGGACAUCUACAAGGACAACACCAGGGAGGAAAGCUGCUGCUCCUAAAGCAGCUCCGCAAAAAGCGGCAUCUGCAAAGAAGGCACCGGCUAAGGGUGUGAAGCCAAAGAGCGUCAAGUCGCCGGCGAAGAAAGCUGCUACUAGGAAGGGGAAGAAGUGACGACGACCGCUGGUGGUUUAGUUUCGGCAGUAGUAGUGGUUUCUAGGGUUAGUUUCUGUAAAUUUGGUGGCUUUGUGGGUGUAUUUGGGUCCAUGUAUGCCCAUUUAAAAGAAAAGACAUCGGAUCUUAAUUUUUUUAUUUUUUUUUUCUUUUUUGGUUUUAGGGAUUUGAAACAGUAUUUAGUGUAAUGAUGAAGAAUGAAUUAAUGAGAUCAGUUUUACAGUUA